CUGCCUGACUGUACAUAUCCUUCCACAGAGCCCAGGCGGCCCUAUCCCUCUAUUCAGCCCUUUCUCCGCAGUACAUAUCCCUCCCCAGGUCCCAUUCACAGGGCGUAUCCCUCCGCAGAACUUGUACCCGCCCAUACCCCGGUUGCCCUGUCUCCAUGUGAUAUGCCUCAUCAGCCCAGCUCUCACGCCCAGAUCAGGCCGUUUUGCGUAACGCUCUGCAUAAUACGCCCCGCCCCUUUACGCCGCUGACCCCUGGAUAUGAACAAUGGCCACUUUCCGCACUCCCCUCCCGUAACCCGUGACAUCUUGCCAUCGAUCCCGCCCUAACAUUUCGGCACCACCCGUUUCUUACGUCAUCGACCUAUCACGCAAACGUCGUCAACCCUCCUGGCGACGCUCCGCCUCUGUCCACGCCCCACAUUUAUCCCCGCCCCUCCCCUCUCUCCUGACCCCGCCCACCCCAUUCGCAGUCUCGCUCUGAUUUUUGCUGUUGAACUGCGGGUGCGGGCUGCAGCGGGAGUGCAGUUGGUGACAAACGGCAGAUACAGAAAAUUCUUGGAAUACAAUGUACAGAAUAUAUUACCAUCAUAUGGAAGGAAAUCCCAUUCUUUUGUGUUGACAGCAAGCAGAACACCACCUGUAGGUGUUCUAGUGAUCCCCCUGCCCUGCUCCUGCUUUGAGGGGAAAAAAGGGGUUGGUGAAGUGAGAAGAGAUAUUUUAAUGAGUCUGAUUUCCGAACUGUGCAGUUACGUACUUACUUGUAAUUCAGUGUGAAACUUUAACAGAUUGAGCUGAUAAGGAGAAAGCAUAGUCGUUUUUAUUGAACACUAGUCAAUUUCUGUGGAAAUCCUGUGGAGAUUCUUAAGAACCUGGUGCAGUAGUGCCAAUCGACAACUUUGUCAUCAUUUACCACUGGACUGAGCUGCCUUGAGAAAUGUGGCUGGAACCUUCAUUCAUUGCAGAGUGGACUAUUCACCAGAGGAUUCACUGUGGUAUUUGUGAUUUGAUUCGAAGUGUAAAAUUGGAUCAGGAAUCUGGUGGAUGUAUUAGUGAUUGAAAGGUAUGAAAAAUGAGUGUGGGGCGCAAAAGGACGAAGCUGGUGGGGAUUUUGAUGAUGGUAAACUUCUUCAUUUAUAUAGUUAUAGAGAUUUCACGCAGUGGCCACCAAGAAAGAAACUCCAGCAAAAAAGUCAUCAUUUCUAACAGUGUCUUUUGGAAGCCAUUGGUUCAUAUUAAGCCGUACUGGAAUCGAGAACAGCACAAGCUGGAUGAGUUAUAUAACCCUGUUACUGCUGCUUUAUAUAACAGAACUGUGAUGGACAACAUAAACAUGACAACAAUGUACACAUGUGAACCUAACUCUCAGUUAAAGGAUGAGAUUAGUAAUUUUGAUUCUUUGCCGGAUCGUUUCAAGGAUUUUCUAACCUACCUACGAUGUAGGAGCUAUCCAUUAAUAAUUGACCAACCAACCAAAUGCCAGGAUAAGCCUGUACUGCUGCUGGCUAUAAAGUCACUGGAAUCACACUUUGAUAGAAGGCAGGCCAUACGUCAGUCUUGGGGUAAAGAAGAAAUUACAGGGAAUAAGACAGUGGCUAGGAUCUUUUUACUGGGAAAGUCAUCUCCGGCAGAUGAUUUUCCUAAUCUCUCAGAUAUGCUAAAAUUUGAGAGUGAACAGCACAAAGAUAUUCUUUUGUGGGAUUACAGGGACACCUUCUUUAAUCUAACUCUGAAAGAAGUGUUAUUUCUGGAAUGGGUAAGCAAAUCAUGCUCUGAUAUUCAAUAUAUUUUUAAAGGAGAUGAUGAUGUCUUUGUGAACACUGUGCAGGUUCUGGAAUACUUGAACACUCUGGAUAAGGACAAGGCCAAAGAUCUGUUUAUUGGUGAUGUUAUUACAAAUGCAGGGCCUCAUCGAGAGAAAAAGUUAAAAUACUAUGUUCCGGAGAGUAUAUACGAGGGGGUAUAUCCUCCUUAUGCUGGUGGGGGUGGGUUUCUGUACUCUGGAUACUUGGCAAAGAGACUUUAUAACGUGUCACAUAAAGUAACACUCUAUCCGAUUGAUGAUGUGUAUACUGGAAUGUGCCUUAAAAAACUUGGCCUUGCUCCAGAAAAGCACAAAGGUUUCAGGACUUUUGAUAUAAUGCAAAAAGAUCGACAUGUUACCUGUGCAUAUAAAAACUUAAUAUUAGUCCACAGCAGAAAUCCUCAAGAAAUGAUAAGAAUCUGGAGCAGGCUGCAGGAUCCUGAAUUGAAAUGUUAACCUAAAAUACUUAAGGAAAAUGGUUGAAAGUUGAGUCCUAUUUCUAUUGGUUGUAAAAGGUUAUCUUUCUUGCACACAUAUUGAUGUUGCAAUGCUCAUAAGCUGUGAGAAAGUGUAUGUUGGAGCCUGUCUCCAGUAACAGAUCUGGGAGAAGCAUAAAGAGUCCAAAGGAUUCUAGAAGUCCCUAGGAGGUGUCAGUUCUAUUGGUCAGAUUUUCUUAUUCAUCCUACUGAACAUACAGAAAUGUCUCAGACUCUGCAAUUUGCACUGUCUCAAAUGUAGCUAUCUUCCAAAAAGGAUGCUUUCCAUUCUCUAUCAAAGGAAAUCCUGGGAGAUGAUAAUGGACCCAAUUCAAAUGAGUUCUGGUAAUCAUGACAACAGAGGGAAUCAGUCAGAAUAUGGUAGGGCAAUAAAAUGUAUUUUAUCUGCAUCAGAGAUUACUGAAUGUUACCCUGCACAGUUUCAGCAGGGAGAAUGAUGCUGUCUCGUCAAAUCAUGUGUACACUGAUAAUUUUAGAGGUUCGCUAUCAAUCAUUUGAUUACAUUGUACUGUACAUCAUGAAGGGCAAUAUUUCAUGUCUUCAAAGAAGAAUGUAAGUGGAUUUUGUUAAAUAAAUCUAAUUUGUGAAUGGAAAAUUGAAGCUAUUUAAAUUUUAGAAUGAGUGACAUAAUAAAUCCAGAGAUUAUAUUAAAAUUCUGGGCACACAGCAGAUUAUUUCCACUCUAUUGCUGAACAAUUUCCAGUUUAUGUAAGCAUGUGUGCUUUCUGUGGUUUAUGUGAAAGAGUGUCUGCUGUUUUAUUUAUUCCGAUCAAAAGACCAAAUUGUUUAUAGUUUCUAUUUUAAAAAGCAAUGUCUAUUUGUCUGUAAAGCCUCAAGUGCGAUUUGUCUGUGAAUAAACUUGGUUAAUAUCAUCCUUGGCAAUGAUUGAAAAUGUAA